AUGAAUGGAAAUGGACGGCAACCGGUCACGUACCGCGGCUACAACACGACCGAAAUGACCCGUCUGUUGCUGCAGGCGCUGGGCGACCUGGGAUACAAAGCCACCGCAGAGACGCUGGAAAGCGAGAGCAACAUUUCGUUGGAAUCCCCUCACGUUGCCCAGCUUCGUCAGGCCGUCACUUCCGGUCAAUGGGAUGAUGCCGAGCGCUACUUUGAUGGGGUGACUCUCAGAAGCGGUACAAACCCGGCAGAGUACCGCUUUCUGAUUCGCAAACAACACUGUCUGGAACUUCUGGCCCAGGGCGACGAUAAGGGAGGAUUGAGGGUGCUUAGAGAAGAGCUAGCACCUCUAGGCGUCAACACACACGAACUUGCCGUUCUGUCCAACCAUGUGUUCGAAACAAGAGAAACAGUGCUGCGACUUCUCGACGGUGACGCUGCCAAGUCGCGGGUGGCGCUACUAACACAGCUGCAGGCUUUCAUAGCCCCCUCGGAAAUGAUCCCCGAGUACCGCCUGGCAACAUUGCUGUCCCAGGCCCAGCAGCAUCAGGUUGCUAAGGCUGCCCCUUAUCACAUGGUACCCCAGCAGCAAAUGUCUCUUUUCGAAGACUACAAGGGCCAACCGGAUUUGUUUCCCGACAGAGUUAGCCAUGUGUUGGAGGGUCAUUCGCACGAGGUUUGGAAUCUUGAGUUCUCGCACUGCGGCAAGUUCUUGGCCUCAGUGUCGUGUGACAAGUCUAUCAUCAUCUGGAAUUUGGACACAUAUACAGCCGAGAAACGUCUUCAAGGACACUCUUCCGCCCCAGUGAUGGCACUCUGGUCUCCUGACGACUCAAUGAUCUUGUCCGGAAGUCAAGACAAGACUGCCCGUCUGUGGAAUGCCAAGACUGGUGAGCAGAUUCACGUCUUUGAGGGAAUUCAUGCACACACCGUUUCCUGCGCAUGGCUGCCUGAUGGCAAACGGUUCAUCACGUCGUGUGCCGACGAUGCUACCAUGAUUUUGUGGUCAGCAGAAGACUGUACCGAGGUGCAUCGAUGGAAGUACAAGGCCAUUCAUGCGGCCGUUUCGCCCGAUGGAAAGCGGCUGGUGGCAGUGGGAGGACCCGGUCCGGCGCACAACUUUGUUGUUUUCGAUCUCGUCACGUUUGAGGAGGUUGCGGAAGUUGCCACGUCCCAGAAAACCACCUCUGUGAGCAUUUCAGCCGACUCCCGGUACGCCCUAAUAAACUUCAUGGGCCCCAAGACCGGCGAUGGGGUACAUGAGCUGCAGCUGUGGGACAUUUGCAAGCUCAGACUGUGCCAACGGUACAUUGGCAACAGUCCCAGUGGAUGUGUGAUUCGAUCGUGUUUCGGAGGAAUCGACGACUCAUUGGUGUUGAGUGGAUCCGAGGACUCGAGAGUGUACGUGUGGAACCGCGCAGAUGCGAAUCUCAUUGCCAUUCUGCAGGGUCAUUCAUCUCUCGUCAACUGUGUGCAGUGGCAUCCCACUAGGCCCAUGUUUGCGUCAGCUGGGGAUGAUCACACUGUCAGAAUUUGGGAUAAAGAGCAGUGA